UUUCAUGGGAAACUAGCCGGGCCAGGAGCUGGGUGGGAGGUGUUUGGAGCGACCAAAGGCAUCAGGCAGCUUUGUGAGGGGCCCCCUUCUAGAAAUUUCAGUAAAUCAAGAAAGCCCUUAUCCAUGGCUGACCUUGAGCAUGUGCUCAGAUGUCAGCCCCUCCAUCCUCCACCCCCGCUCCCUGCUUCCCAGGGUGGCAGCCUCACCAAGGCCAGGGCUACCUGCCCACACCUAGAGGGCUGGGUACAGCCCAGCCAGGUGCCUGCUGCCGGUCUGGAGCACUCGAACCUGAACAGGCCGCCAUGGUGGGCACUGCGCUCCUGCUCCUGGCCCUGCUCCCUGGGACCUCCAGUAAGCACAGUACACCACGUGCACCUCUGUUACCUGGGGCGCCUGGCCCCUGGCUGCGCAGACCCCUUUUCAGUCUGGAGUUAUCAGAUGCAGAGGACGCGUUCCCUCGCCGCGCAGGGCCACUGGAGGUUCCGGCGGACAGCCAUGUGUUUGUGCAGGCGGCCCUGGCCCGUCCUUCACCGAGAUGGGGCCUAGCCCUUCACCGAUGCUCAGUAACACCUUCUUCACGCCCGACCCUGGGGCCUGCCCUGGUGCUUCUACGUGGGGGCUGCCCUGCCGACGACUCUGUCAGCUUCUCACCACCUCCACGCCCGGAUGCUGCUAGCGUCUCACGCUUCAGCUUCCGCCUGCGCCCGGUAUUCAAUGCCUCAGUACAGUUCUUGCACUGCCAGAUCAGCCGUUGCCGCCGUCGCAGCAGUCACCACCGCCGAGCUGUCCGCCUGACACCAGUGCCUUUGACCCCACCAGCACCAUUGCGGUGUCUGCCUCAGGAUGAGGCAUGUGCCGGCAGCAGCUUGAACCUUGGUACUGACAGCCCCCACCUGCACAUGCUGACACAGCCCAUCGUGGUCACAGUACCUCGUCCGCCCCCUAGGCCAUCCAAGAGUCUCCCAGGCAGGUCGGUACGCCCAGAGCCACCCGCUCCAGCCCCUGCAGCACUGGAGCCUGCACCGGUGGUGGCAUUGGUGUUGGCGGCCUUCGUGCUGGGUGCUGCCUUGGCCGCUGGGCUUGGUCUUGUCUGCGCACACUCAGGUACUGACUUCUCCGCCAGAACCCCACACCUAUUUCCACACGUUCAGACAGACAGUCUAGUAGUCUACCUGCCCCACCCCCAACCCCAUGAGCCCAUAUCCCUGAACCUGCCUCCAGGAUCUGGCCCUUAGGGCUGGUACACUUGUAGCAGCUCCCACUAGGGGGCGCGCUUAAACUGGUGCAGGGCACAGGCAACUCCUAUUCUAGCUAGCUUCUUCUUUCAGCACCCCCACCCCCAGGCCAGCCUCCUAGAGCUUCGCUCAGCGGCCCCCAGCUCCAGAGACCCCCAGUAGG